GUCCAAGGGGAGUUAAUAUCAUUUUCAAUAUGCCCGACCGCAAGUGUUCCUUCAAAAUAAGCUUGGCCGAGUCCGAAGAUAAAUUGAUUGAGACAUUGAGCAAUCUGCUGAGGCGUUGCUCCGAGCAAGCGAAAGAUAGGAAGGCGACUUUCAGCAUUGGCCUCUCAGGUGGCUCCCUGGUGCAGCUACUGACAAAAGCCCUGAGGAAAAGUACUCUGGACACAAGCAACUGGGAGUUCUUCUUCUGCGAUGAACGCUAUGUGGCUGAUGAUCACAGCGAUUCCACAUUUUGCGCCUAUAGAACCGAGUGGCUGAGCCAGCUACCGUCGAUUUUGGACUCGCAGUUUGUCAAGGCUGAUACCACCAAGCUGCUGGAUGAAUGUGCCGCCGAUUACGAGGCGAGAGUAAAGGUCAAACUUGGCAAUAGUCACAGUGUUCCACAAUUCGAUUUGUUGCUGCUGGGUAUGGGGCCGGAUGGCCACACCUGCUCCUUGUUCCCUGAGCAGCCUGCCACGCUCGAGGAGACCUCUCGCCUGGUGAUUCCCAUCCGAAAUUCUCCAAAGCCUCCGCCCGAGCGCAUCACGUUUACUCUGCCGCUGAUCAACAAUGCCAGGGAUGUGGCGUUUGUGGUGACCGGCGCCAGCAAAUCGGAUGUUGUGAAGCGCGUGUUCGUGGAUCAGGACAAACAGUUUCCCGCUGCAUGGGUAGAUCCCACAAAUGGCCAGCUGACCUUAAUUGUUGAUGCGGGAGCUGGAUCACAGAUUAUUUCGUAAUUUGUAUUGCGUUUUUGUAAAUAAUACAUUUU